AGUGAGAGCGUUUUUUGAGAGGAUUUAGUUACGAGAACCGAUAAGGUUCCAAACAGCCUGGUUGCUGUAUUUGUGGAGAACUCACUGCAGUAGUCCAAAGUAUUGGCAUCAAUUCCUGAACGAAUCAAACUGUGGCAAUAAAUCAAACAUGGCAACCUGCGAGAAAAAGAAACCAUCGAAAUUGUGUCGUCGUACGUAUUUCCUGCAAACCGGCACGGCUCCAACAGUUUCAGAACUGGCCACCGAACUAGGCCCCGAACUGGCGGACAUUGUCAUUGCAACGCUGGAACCAAGUCAACGGUCGGCGGUGGGACCGGACCGCAUCGCGAUACCGGACGAAAUCGCCCCAUCACACGAUUCCGAUGCAAUCCGGGGCCAGAUACACGAACACAUCCUUCAGAUUGGCGGUGACGUCGCACACCGUUUGGACGGGUAUUGGAGACGGCGGUUGAAGCAAACUGCUGCGGCAGGUGUCAGUCCGGAUGAGGUUGAUUUUAUAAAAUUCGAAUGUCGUCAGAAAAUCAGCAUUGCAAGAAGCGAAGAGCGUAAGCGCUAUGAUGAGCUGUUGGAACAGAUGGAACGCAAGCUAGAGCAACGGUUCUGGGAAGAGAAAGGCGACCUUCACCGGUCGUACGCAGAAGCUAGGCAGCUGUGGGGCGAGUUUGUUUGCCGGAAGGUACGAAAGCAGGCCAAGGACAUGCUGUGCAAGAUUGCCAGCUACUAUCGGGUGCAGCUGGAGCGCGAAGUAACGCGCCGGAUGCAAGCGGAAAAGAACCGGAUCAUAAAGGAAAUGGAGCAGAUCGUAAAAACUGCCGUCGAUCAGCAAAAGCGGACGGACGAUCGUGCAAUCCAAUGGUUGGUGUAUCAGUACGAAGAACUGUUGAAAUUUAUCACCGAAUACAACCAGUGUUUGGAUACGGUGGAAAUGACGCGUGAGAUUUGCAGACUGAAUACCGGACGGGGAGAAUGCCACUCUACUCAGGUUUCUGGCCACUCGCUGACGUUUGGCGAAAGGACAAUUUCACGCGGCUCGCAUGUAGGCAGCGCUUCUACGGUCGAUCUUGAACAGGAUGUUCAUUUGCCUUCGACCAGCUUGUCGCAAUAUAAUGUAUUCGUAGUGAGUCAGUGUUUGCCGGAACCUGCGGUUGAGCCGAUCAACGCUGAAGGAGAUGAUUUGUCAACUUCCACUGUGGUAGAUUCACAGAAUGAUCUGUUCGGAGCUGAAGAUUACGAAAGCAUCGGUGAAGCUGACAGUGUUGCGUCUUCUCUCGAAAAAAUAGUUAUCGGAGGGCUGACAUACGCUCAACCCAAAUACUACAAGAAAAUUUAUAACGAUAUCUUCCCCAACGUUUCCAUGAGCUGGGAAACGAUAAACCCUUCGGAAGAGAGCGAUGUACGAAGCAGCGAAGAAUGUUGUGUUCCGGACAAAUGUACAAGUGCUGCUGGUAGCGGUGGUGUAAACACGAUCGAAUCAGAAUCCAUUCCAAGCGAACCGAGCUAUCGUGAAAGUUAUGACCCAGUCGCGGAAAUAAACGACAUCUUGCGCUCGAAAGAGGAGGCACCACCGGCUGAAGAGCCUGCGCUGGCAGAGGAGUUUGGUGAGUUGUUUGAUCUUUCUAAGUCCAACGAAGAGAUCUCUCUGGUCGCUGAAAGUUUUGUGGCGCAUUACAUUCGAGCCACUAGCGACGAUUUUGAAUCAAUGUUUCCAAAACACAGUGAUACGGAAGCCUGAAUUGAACAAGUCUGAACGACUGAAUAGACAUACCAUGCUAGAAGUCAGCUAAGUGGAAGAAAAAACCCCAAAUUGUAUGUCCAUUAGGAUGUAGCUAUGAAACAAUGCUGAAGAAUUUUAAUUGUUCAAUUGAUUCUUUUCGAUGUUCAACACUGAUAAACCUAAAUGUUUAUAGUACAGAUAAAUUGAUUGAAAGGGCAACAAA